AAUGACUCACCAUUGCACCAAGUUUUCCGGCCACUGGAAGAUCAUUGUCUUCGACGAGGAGUGCUUCCAGGGUCGCCGCCAUGAGUUCACCUCCGAGUGCUGCAACGUGAUGGAGUUCGGCUUCGAGACCGUGCGCUCCCUCAGGGUGGAGAGUGGAGCCUGGGUUGGUUAUGAGCACGCCUCCUACCAGGGACAGCAGUUCGUCCUGGAGAGGGGAGAGUACCCCCAGUGUGAUGCUUUCGGCGGCAGCAACGCCUAUCACAUUGAGAGACUGACCUCCUUCAGACCCAUCGCCUGUGCUAACCACAGAGAGUGUCGUAUGACUAUCUUUGAGCGUGAGAACUUCCUGGGCCGCAAGGGUGAGCUUAGCGACGAUUAUCCCUCCCUCCAGGCCAUGGGCUGGUGCAACAAUGAAGUUGGCUCUCUCAGGAUCCAGUCUGGAGCAUUCGUGUGCUACCAGUACCCUGGUUAUCGUGGAUACCAGUAUAUCAUGGAGUGUGAUCGUCACUGUGGGGAGUACAAACACUUCAGGGAGUUUGGCUCCCACUGCCAGACCCCUCAGAUCCAGUCCAUCCGCCGUAUUCAGCAGUAA